CUUCUUCUUCGUCAUUUUAUUUUUUUCAAAACGAAGACCAGAGAGAGAGAGAGAGCUAUAUUGGAGACGAAUCCCUAAUUCUUCUCGGGUCUUAAUCUGCUGUAUUUGUUCAUCUCUUUCCUCUUCUUCUUCAGGGUUUGAUUGGUGGAUAAAAGGAAGCUGAAUCAGCUUCAGAAUUGUAUUUGUAAUUUUUUUUUGCUCCGAUCAAGACAAGAGAAGGCUUUUGGUGUUUUGGGGGGGGGCAUUUCUGAAUUCUGAGGAGUUAUGGGAUAUCUCAAUUCUGUGUUGUCAUCUUCGAGUCAGGUUCAUGCUGAUGAUGGACCUGUUAGCGGCGGCGGACUCAGUCAAAACGGGAAGUUCAGCUAUGGAUAUGCAAGCUCUCCUGGUAAAAGAUCUUCAAUGGAGGACUUCUAUGAGACUAGAAUCGAUGGUGUUGAUGGGGAAAUAGUUGGCCUAUUUGGUGUCUUUGACGGUCAUGGAGGUGCACGUGCAGCUGAAUAUGUGAAGCAAAAUCUGUUCAGUAACCUGAUUAGGCAUCCAAAGUUCAUCUCUGAUACCACAGCAGCUAUAGCUGAUGCAUAUAACCAAACAGACGCGGAAUUUCUUAAAUCAGAAAAUAGUCAUAACAGAGAUGCUGGUUCAACAGCGUCAACAGCCAUCUUAGUUGGUGACCGUUUACUUGUUGCAAAUGUAGGGGACUCCAGAGCUGUUAUAUGCAGAGGUGGCAAUGCUAUUGCUGUAUCCCGAGAUCACAAGCCUGAUCAAAGUGAUGAGCGUCAAAGAAUUGAGGAUGCAGGAGGAUUUGUCAUGUGGGCUGGAACAUGGAGAGUUGGUGGAGUUCUUGCUGUUUCUCGUGCAUUUGGCGAUAGGUUGCUGAAGCAGUAUGUUGUUGCUGAUCCGGAGAUACAGGUAUUGACU